AUGGCAUCCCUGUCGCAAGCUCGCUUUACGAGAUCGGUUAUCACUUCGGCGGUUCUCAUGCUCCUGGUUGUCGCCGCCAACACCGCCGGAUGUCACGCUGUGCAACGGCCGGACCUCGACUCAAAGCAGCACGCGGUUCUUAAGGAGCUUGUGCGGCAAUGGGGCAAGUUCAAGGGGUCGUCCACCUGGACCCAAGCGGGCGCGCCGCGCCGUUGCAGCACGUACGCGGGCGUGCGCUGCAACCCCAAGGGCUACAUCAACAACAUGACUCUUGUGGAAGCGGGAGCCAAGGGUCCCAUCGGCUCGCUGACGAAGCUCGCGUCGCUGCGAUACCUCGACCUGUCGAGCAACUCCAUCAACGGGUCUAUCAGCAGUCUCAGCAAGCUCAGAGGACUAGUGCACCUGGACCUGAGCGGCAACUCCGACGUGUCCAAAGGAAUCGAAGCUCUCCCCGCCAUUCGCGGCCUCGUGCACCUCGAUCUCUCCGACUCGGGAGUUGAGGGUCCCAUUCCGACUGCCCUCGCCACCAUGCGACUCACUUACCUCGAUCUGAGUCUGAACCGGCUGACGGGAACCAUUCCCGCCUUCAUUGGCAUGAUGAAGAGCCUCGUGUACCUCAACCUGGCAGCGACGGGAGAGGAGGGGCUCAACGGCCUGCUGCCGCGAAGCAUCGGCAACCUCGUCAACCUCAGGGAGCUGUACCUGCACAAGAACCGGCUCACUGGACGAGUCAACUCCAUCGGCAAACUCACCAAGCUGCAGCGCCUCCUGCUGGGGGACAACUACUUCCGCCAGGUCUUCCCCAGCAACUUCAAGGCCCUCCGCAACCUCGACUACCUGAGCAUGCGCUACAACUCCUUCUCCGGUGACCUGCCUACCUUCAUCGGCAACCUCACCAAGCUCAGCUUCCUCUCACUGAACGACAACCUGCUCUCCGGAAGCGUCCCUGCCACCUACAAGAACCUCAAGAACCUCCAGACGCUUAACCUGCAGAACAACCGUCUGAGCGGCUACCUCCCAGACUUCACUUCUCAGAGCAAGCUCAAGUCCAUUGAUGUGAGUGGCAACUACAUCACAGGCCCACUUCCCAAGUUUGCCACGAUGCCAGAGUCCGCCAAUUUCAACAGCAACUACUUUUUUGGCUCCUCGGUCCCUACCACCACCAACGGCAAGACUGUGUGCUCUGCAGACAUAGGCAACAACUGCCUCACCAUCCCCUCCUCCUACAGCUGCGGCUCCAAGCCCAAGCAGAGGGUCGCCAAGUCGUGCCAGCAGUUCUGCAAGACUUCUGGGAGCUCCCAGUGCGGUGGAAAGGGGUAUUGCACGGUGGAGGUUAGGCACAACAAGGUUUCGCCCAUCUGCAUGUGCAGGAAGGGGUACAAGCAGUCCUCGGAUAGGCAAACUUGUGUCAAGGCGUAG